AUGACCAAUUUCAGCAAGAUAACCCUGACUCCUGUGGAAGAUGGACCACCUUAUGGUGAUAUGUACAAUACCAGCUCCAAUGACAGCCCAGAGGUCUUUGGAAAUAUUAUUGCUGUCCUCACAUCAUGCAUUUGCAUCAUUGGACUUGUGGGGAAUGGAAUUGUCAUCUGCCUUCUUGGUUUCUACAUUAAAAGGAGCCCUUUCAUGACAUACAUCCUGAACUUGGCUGUCACUGACUUUGGGGUCCUUCUGUUUUUUGCUCUGACUUUUAUUUCAUCACUAACCCAUGUAGAAAGCUUACUUACAAUAGCUGUCAUGACUGCAACAUUCAUGUAUAAUACUAGUCAAUAUCUAUUGACCGCCAUCAGCAUUGACAGGUGUGUGUCUGUCCUCUUCCCCAUCUGGCAUCGAUGCCACCGGCCGCCAAACCUGUCCACCAUUGUGUGUGCCUUAAUAUGGGUUCUCUCCUUCCUCACAUCAGGAAUUAUAGGAAUCCUCAGCUAUUUUGAGCACAUUCAGACAGACUGGAUAACUUACUCUCCCUUUCUUGCAGGUACUGUUAUUUGCCUCACUCUUGUCAGUAUCUCCACCAUGAUUCUGUUGUUCAAAGUAUUCUAUAAAUCCCAGCGGCGUCGGAGAGGAAGGCUUUUAACCAUUGUCUUACUCACUCUCCUUUUCUUCCUAAUCUUUGCCUUUCCCCUGAACGCUAUGGUGACACUCAGUUUUUUUACUCCUUUGGAAUAUGGGUAUUUAAUAUUGUGUGGCUUCUUGUGUGCCUGUCUGAAUAGCUGUGUCAACCCAUUGAUCUAUUAUGUGGUUGGGAGAAAGAAGAGGGUUCCACAAAGGCAGAGCCUGAAGGUCAUACUCCAAAGGGCUUUCGAGGAGAAGGAAGAGCCUAGAGAGGAACGGGGCACCACAGCUCAGACAUCACUCUGA